GUCCACGGGCGAGAGAUCCGCCUGUUGUGUUUUCACAGGGUGGAAGUCAUUUUCCAUCCAGAUUUCAGACUGGGAGAGAAAAAACGUCGGCAAGCAGACAUCCAAAUGGAGGCUGAGUAGCAUAAAACGGGUUAUUGGCGCUGUUUUGUUGAGAAUGCAUCAGGCUAGCUAGCCGAGAGGAGCAUCGGAGCUACAUUUCGGCUUGGCUCUUUGUUGUUGGAGCGGUGGAUCCAGACGGAGCCCAGCGGUGGUGGCAACAUUUCAGGUUUUUACAGUCCAGAUAUGCUCUCCUGAAUAUCCGCCCUGUUCCUUCACUCUGUUUAUCCUGGUCGCUCACUUUGCCAUAAUGAACCACAGCCCCAGCCCCCACCUGUCAGAAGGCGGGAAGUCAGCCGGAGGCGGCCUUCUUUGCAGCAUCGGUCUGGGGUCGGACCGGGGGAUUCGCUCACCAGACAGCCUGGCCCACACGCCCAGCCCUACUGGGGGAACUCCCAGCUCCAGCCCCCCUCUGUUGCUGUCGCCUGGACUUGGAGGUCUGGGUCUAGGCUCUCUGGGUGAAGGAGCUGGAGGUGACUGGGAGACCAGGGAGGAGUUGAGGCUCAGGGAGCUGGAGGAAGCUCGGGCCAGGGCAGCCCAGAUGGAAAAGACCAUGAGGUGGUGGUCCGACUGCACAGCCAACUGGAGAGAGAAGUGGAGUAAGGUCCGUGCAGAACGGAACAGAGCUCGGGAUGAGAUUCGGCAGCUGAGGCAGCGGCUGGACACCCUCACCAAGGAGCUGACCGGCGUCCGGCGGGAGCGGCAGGAGCUCGCCACCGAAAACGAGGCGCUGCGCCAGGAGACACAGCAUCUCCGGGGCGACCCCACUGCUUACUCAGCUACCGGCACAUCUUCCUUACCUUUGUCACCUCUCCAUCACAGUGCUUCCUCCUCCUCUUCCUCAUCUGCUACCCCUUCCUCCCCAGCACCAUCUCUCUCUAAGGUCAUAACAGACUGCAAGUUCGAGGAGGGACCACCAGGGUCUCCCGAAGCAGAACCGGUGAGGGAUGUGGACUUGGACAGAGAGAAGAUGGGCCAGCAGAAGGAUUUGGAGCUGCUGGAGUCAGUCUUGCAUUGUGGAGCACCAAGUUCUGAUGCUCAGGACAGCUGGAGCAGUCGGGGUGUCAGUGCAGCCGGCUCCCGCUCGUCAUCAUGUCUGAGCCGGCAGGAACGGAGCAGACAGCUGUGGGAGGACAUGAGCUCAGUGGAGGAAGAUUCCAGCAAGCUCAACGCCCUGCAGCUCAGACUCGACGAGUCGCAGAAAGUCUUGCUGAAAGAGAGAGAAGACAAGUUGGCCCUGAGUAAGAGCAUCGAGAGACUGGAGACUGAACUCAGCCAUUGGAAACUGAAAUACGAGGACCUUAGUAAAAGCAAACAGGAAGCCCUCAAACAGCUGAAUCUGCUGAAGGAAAUACAUCAGGAUGAACUAGGCCGCAUCUCUGAAGACUUGGAAGAUGAACUGGGAGCUCGGACCAAUAUGGAUAAGAAACUGGCUGAGCUUCGAGCUGAGAUGGAGAGACUGCAGGUGGAAAACGCUGCAGAGUGGGGCCGCAGAGAGCGCUUGGAGACGGAGAAACUGGCCCUGGAGAGGGACAACAAAAAGCUGCGGGCUCAGGUGGAAGACCUGGAGGAGCAGCUGGCCAAGAAACGUCGGCAGGCCGCCUCGGCACUUGACACAGACUUAAAGGCCAUCCAGAGCGAGUUGUUUGAGAGAAACAAAGAGUUGGCUGAUCUUCGUCAUGUUCAUGGAAAGCUCAAGAAGCAGUUCCAGGAGCGCACUGCGGAGCUGGCCCAUGCCAACCGUAGGGUGGAGAGCCAUGACGCCGAGGUCAAGAAGCUCCGUCUGAGGGUGGAGGAGCUGAAGAAAGAACUAGGCCAGGCUGAAGACGAGCUGGAUGAAUCUCAUAACCAGACAAGGAAGCUGCAGAGGUCUCUGGAUGAGCAGGUAGAGCAGACCGAGAAUCUGCAGGUUCAACUGGAACACUUACAGUCGAGGUGAGAUGUACACACACGCGCGCAUGCGCGCACACGAACAACAGGGACUUUGCAUGGACUUCCAUUCAUUUUUCAUCUAUUUCUACAGAGUGCCCCUAAACCUAACUAUUACCAGUACAUGGAUAACACUAACCUAAAGUAAACUUAAUACACACCUUAGUUCUAAACUUAACCCUUAGAUCAAAAACAUAACUUUUUCUCAUGGGGUCCCAACAACAUAGUAUUUGUUAGGAAAAUGGU